AUGUGCUGCUGGAGCAGCAGGGUGGGGGAAGAACCUGUGUCAGACAACACGGAUGUCUAUCGCUACGGAAGCACAGAGUUCCCCGGGGAAUCCGAAGGAGAUGUGCACUGCCAUGGAUUGGUGUGGCCCGAGGGCUCAAGCGACGAGUACAUUAUAUAUCUGGCUCUGGACGUCGCGUACAAUCAUCACGUUGAGGAGAAGGGCUACUUCGGACACAUUCCGGGUGCUCCGGUGUGCGACUGCCUGGAAAGGAUGCCGGAGGUUUCUCGGUCCGACUGCAGCCAGUACAGACCCGCUCACCUCAAAGGAAGCGAUUUCAUGGCGUGCCCGAAGAACGAUCUCAGACCCAUCUGGCGGCCAAUACACAAUGGUCCAGGAGUGUGA